AGAAUCUUUCUGGCUAAUAUCUUUCUGAAGCUGCGUUGAACUCAACUCCUCCCAAUUUUAUUAAACUUUCCCAUACUGCAUUGCGCUGAAUCAUGGACCAAAGUGACAAUGACCUGCAGGGUACGGAUGGCUCUGGGAGUCUUGGGGGGCCUGAUGUCCGCAGACGCAUCCCCAUCAAACUCAUCUCCAAACAGCCCAUCAGGAGCAAACCUGCUCCCAGGACACAGAGACCCAUGGGCAGGCUGUCCUCCAAACCCCAGGCUGGGGAUGAAGAGAGUUUCGGCUUCAAGCAAGAGGAGAGGUUCGAUUGCAGUACCAAGGCUGGGGAUGUGUUCGUGACUCAACGGCGGUUUCCCCAGCAAAUGUUUUGGGAUUAUAAGUUGAAUUUGAUCGGUGAAAAGGAUGACAUUCCAGCUCACUUUUGUGACAAAUGUGGUCUGCCAAUACGGAUCUAUGGGCGUAUGAUUCCCUGCAAACAUGUGUUCUGCUACGAGUGUGCUUUGCUCCACGAGAAGAAGGGAGACAAGAUGUGCCCGGGACUGCAACUUUUCAGCUGCACAGACCCGGUCCAGCGCAUCGAGCAGUGCCUACGCGGUUCCCUCUACAUGUGUAGCAUCGUUCAGGGCUGCAAGCGCACCUACCUGUCCCAGCGGGACCUGCAAGCCCACAUAAACCACCGCCACAUGAGGGCUGCCAAGGCUUUGGCCAACCGCCAGGACGCCCUACACCUGCCCCCGUCCUCGGAGGUGCCUGAGCGUUUCCGCGUGCCCCCGCCUCACCUGCCCAAGGCUCCAGGGCACCUGCCGCCGCCCCUCCAACACGGAGGUCAUGACCCCUACAGCCAGCCACCGCCGUCUUCGCACGAGGCGCCGCCCCUCGCCCAGGAGACCUUCCGGAUCGCCACAGUGACCACGCGCGCGCGCAGCAACCUCAUCACCGUGCCCAUCCAGGACGAUUCGGGCUCGUCGUCGUCCUCCUCCCGUGACCCGCUCCCUCCCGGCCCAGGCCCUGCACCGCCCCCACACCACCACCCUGGGGAGUACCCUGGCCAGCCUGUAGUGUCCCACCCGCACCACAUGAUGGCGCCCCCGCAGCAGCACUACGGCCCUCCACCUCCUCCCCCCCCACCCAUCAACCACCCCAUGCAGCACCCUCCCCAGGGCUCUGGGACACCUCACAUGGUGUACAAUCAGGCCGGCCCUCCGCUGCCAAUGUCCAACGCACCCCCACCCAUCACUCCUCCACCAGGACACAUCAUGGGUCAGAUGCCCCCUUACAUGAACCACCCACCCCCAGGGCCCCCACCUCAACACGGGGGCCCUCCAGUCAACGCUCCCCCUCCCCAUCACUACAACCCUAACUCCAUGCAGCAGUUCCCUGAGGACCAGGGCACCCUAAGUCCCCCCUUUAACCAGCAAGGGGGUCUGAGCCCUGGGAUGUGGCCUGCACCCAGAGGGCCGCCACCUCCUCGGAUGCAGGGCCCCCCACCUCAGGGCCAGAUGCCAGGACCUCAUCACCCAGACCAGUCCCGCUAUCGUCCUUAUUAUCAGUAAACUGUACACUGCCCACAGCCCAUUCCUCUCCACUGGUUUUUGAAUAAUGUGAACGUGAGCAGAAGAGUUCUAUUUGACUGUCAUUUCAAUGAAUACACUUUUAAGAGACUAGUCUGUGGUGAGAGUGUGUACUAGAAUGUAACUGUUCACUUUAGUUUAAAUUACUUUCUGAACUGUCAGAUAAGCAGAGCUGCAUUUUAUUCGCUUCUGUAUUGGUCUUCAUUGUUGUAUCUUGAAACGUUUUGGUUUGAUGACAUCUCAAUAAAUCUUUUCCAACAAAUCUCA